GAAGCCCUGAGGAUCUGGCAGUGUGAUGGUCACGUGCCCCUCGCUUCUCAACGUCUAUUACUACUACCCACAAUACUAAAUUAGACUUAUCAGUUUGAGUUGCAGCGAUGAGCUGGGAUGAGUUGGACGUUGCCAGGUGUCUGAGGGAAUCCCCUCUGUUAACGAUGAACGCCCGUUCUCUGCUUAGUUCGACUCUCCUGAUAUGCCUGCUCACCGCAACAUCACCGAAACCCAUCCCACUUGCGUUCUCGGUUCCACCCAGCGACGCAGUGGACCAUGUCAAACCGCUCAUCGGAAACGGUGGCGACUCACCAAAUGGCUCAGGAGGAAUGAUUCCCUCUACUGCACCCCCCUUUGGCAUGACACGGUGGGUCGCACAGACGCGGGAAAACUACGUCUCUGUCACACCUUACAACUACACCGACAUGCGUAUACAUGGCUUCCAGGGAACACACCAACCCGCUAUUUGGAUGGGUGAAAGUGGUCAAGUGGUCGUCUCUCCCGGUGCUGGUGCUGUCCGUACCGAAUUCAAAGACCGCGGGAUGACAUUCAGCCGUGACGAUGAGGUCACCUCUGCCAGUUAUUAUAGCGUAGAAAUGGAUGCAAUAGAAGGGGGGAGAAUCCUAGCAGAGCAGACCGCAACAUCUCGCGUCGGUCAUCUACGCUUUACGUUUAUCGGAACGAAUUCACCUUACAUUCUUAUCGAGGCUACUCGUGCUAGCGUAUUGGGGUCCUCGGAUCCCUACAAUGUCACAUAUCCGGAAGGCGCAAUCCUUAUCGACCCUACCAACAGGGAAAUAUGUGGAAAGAACCCGGAACGGCAGGAUUUUAUUAUCGAGCCUGUCUCUACACCUGCCAGAAAUUGGAGCGGUUACUUCUGCGCCCGUUUCGACGAACCCUUCGACUCAUGGGGUGUUGCGCAAAACGGAACCUUAUCGGAGGGGAGCACAAAAGGCGGUGGUGUCUUACUAUCCGGUUAUGCGCGCUUCAGCCCCUCUCUUAGACAGGUCACUGCACGAGUCGGGGUAUCGUUUAUCUCGAUCGAGCAGGCCAGGAGAAAUUUGGAUAUCGAGAUUCCCGAUGACCAAUCUCUCGAAGAAACUGCCAAAGCAACACGCACUGCAUGGGCAGAAAAACUUGACAGGAUCAAGAUUCAAGGAGCUACGAAAGACCAGAAACAGGUGUUUUAUACCGGGUUCUUUCAUACCCUACAGUAUCCGUACGAACAAGACGAAUAUGGUAUUUAUUAUUCUGGAUACGACGAUGCAAUCCACGAAGGCAUUUCAUACACUGGGUACUCGAACUGGGAUACCUACCGUGCUGAAUGGGCAUGGCUUAUCCUUUUUGCUCCGGAGCGCAUUCCUGGGAUGGUACAGAGCAUGCUUCAAGAUUACCAGGAGGGAGGCUGGCUUCCUAUGUGGAAGAACAUCAUUGAGACCAAUAUCAUGAUUGCCACACACGCCGACUCGCUCAUUGCAGAGGCUGCCUUGAAAGGCAUCACUGGGUUUAAUAUGGAGACCGCCUGGGAAGCCGUACGCAAAGAUGCUACGCAUCCUCCAGUAAAUGACACCACUACAGUCUACGCUGAUCGUGAGGAGAAUGUAGGCUACGAGGUCCGCGCGGGCCUUACCUCCGUAUAUGAGGAACGUGGGUGGGUGGCAGCUGACGUCCACUCUGAAGCAGCUUCCCGCACUCUCGACUACUCGUACGACGAUUACGCUGUCUCUGUUCUCGCCAAAAUACUCGAUAAACCUACCGAAUCCGCAUUCUUCCUGAACCGUUCUCUCACAAACCCAUUUACCAUCUUCAAUGCAGCCACAGGAUUCAUGGAGGCGCGGAACGCCAGUGGGCAAUGGGCAGGGCAGGAAGUGGGAUGGACGGAGGGUGAUAUGUGGGCGUAUACCUUUGAUGUAGUGCAGGAUAUCCCCGGAUUGAUCGAGAGACGAGGUGGCAACAAAAGUUUUGUGGAGUUUUUGGAUGAGCAUUUUAAUGGCGGCCAUAAUGACCACACGAACGAGCCUUCUCAUCAUAUUCCUUACUUGUAUUCAUUAGCCGGUGCAGCGUCCAAAUCCCAGACGCGUAUUCGACAGAUCGCUGAGGAGAACUACAAUGCUACGGUGAAUGGGCUUUCUGGGAAUGAAGACUGCGGACAAAUGAGCGCAUGGUAUCUCUUUAGCGCUUUGGGAUUUUAUCCCGUUGACCCAGUCUCGGGAGAAUAUGUCAUUGGGAGCCCCUUCUUCGACACCGUCACCCUCAAUUUUCCCCCUUCCCCUUUCUCCAACUCCACUAAGAACGGCGGCACCUCUCUCCAUUUACGCAUCAACGACGUGCCCAUUACGGCACCGCUCAUCACACACGCGGACAUCGUACAAGGAGGCGUUUUCGAGUUCGCAAUGAGCGGGGUACCGGAGAGGUGGGGGAGUGAGACACUCGUCGGGUCCGAGUGA